UUUUGUGUUCAUUGUUUUUUCUUAUCAGGAAAAGUCGGUGCAAAUUUGCAACAAACAAUAUCUUUUUAUUUAAAGUCCUAAUUUUAAUUUUUAGACAUCACAAUUCAAUGUCAACAAUUACAACAGCAUCUCGAGCUAAAACUGAAAUAUCAUCUCGUAAUAUUGACUAUGUUGGUUUUGCCAAUUUUCCUAACCAGGUGUUUAGAAGAUGCAUAAAAAAUGGAUUUGAGUUCUCUCUGAUGGUUGUUGGUCAGUCUGGGUUGGGUAAAUCAACUUUUUUGAAUACACUUUUCAUGGCUGAACUUCACGAUCUGAAAAACGACAAAUCUUUAGAGAUCAAAUCAACAGUGAGUAUUGAGAGCAAAACUUUCAGACUUGCCGAGAAUGAUGUUCGAUUGAAGGUAUUUUUAUUUAAGAUGCCGGAAUUUAUUUUCCGAUUUUCAAGAUUACUGUUGUGGACACACCUGGAUUUGGAGACUUUUUGGGAGCCUAUAGUUAAAUACAUUGAUGACCGUUUUGCUGAUUAUUUGGCAGAAGAGACUAAAAUUGACCGAUCUUCCAAGAUUGAAGAUAAACGAGUUCAUCUGUGUAUUUACUUUAUUCCACCUACUGGACAUGGCCUCAAGCAAUUAGAUAUAGCUUUUAUGCAAGCUCUUCAAGAUCGUGUUAAUAUAAUUCCAGUUAUUGCCAAAGCAGACACACUUACUCCUACUGAACUUGGACGUUUUAAACAACAUGUAUUUCUAUAUAUUUCUAUACAACUUUUUAAACGUAUUUAUUUUUUGAAGAUAAUGGAAGACAUGAAUAAGAACAAUAUUUCACUUUACAAGUUACCAGACUUUGAUUGUGAGCAACAGCAAUCGAUUGUUAAUGGUUGCAGUGUUUUACCAACAAAUGGUAAAUCUCAAUCACAUCAAAAUACUACCAAAAUUGAAUCAUCUAAACGAUUUCCAUUUGCAAUUAUCGGAUCUACACACGUCAAAGAAGUUUUGGUUGGUGGUGAACAUCGAGCUACUAAGCAAAGAGUUCGAGUUCGUGAAUACCCUUGGGGUAUAGUAGAAGUGGACAAUUUGGGACAUAAUGACUUUGUUGCUCUUCGUGAUAUGAUUAUUCGAAAUAAUUUGAUUGAUCUUAUCGAGGUAACUAAAUGUUUACAUUAUGAGAAUUAUCGAAUGCGUAAUCUACCUCAAAGCAGUUUUGACGACGAUCCUUUCACGCAAUUGGAGAAGGAAAUUUCUGCUCGACAACUUGAAUCCGAAGAUACACGACGAAAGAGACAAGCUCUUUUCAGUGAAGGUGUCGCUGUUCGAGAGCGUAGACUUAUGGAGAGGGCUUUGGCUAUGGAUAAUGAGGAGAAAGAAAAUCGUAAGAUACUUGAGGAGAAACGUGAGUUGUUUGACAAGCUUAAGAAAGAAAUAGACAUGAAAUAGACUGAUAGACUUUUCUAAAAAACAUAUUCGAAAAUCUUGAUUGUACACUUCUACAUUGA